UGGAAAUGUUGAAUGGGAUUGCAAGCAGAGGUCUCUCUCAGUGCCUUUUAUUAGUUUUCUUCUCCACCCCACAGGGCAGCCCUCUUGGGCUUCACAUGUGAGAGAAGAGCAGCUCCAAGAUAGCAACAAUAUAAACUUGUUCUCACCAUGAACAGUACAAGCAGAACCAACAUACCAGGAGAUUAAAUAUACAAUUCUGGAGCAGCCCUGCUGGAAGAUAUUGGAGUCAAUAUAUAGCUUGGUGAUCUAGAGAACAAAGCUGGAAAGAGGAAAACCAUAUAAAAACUAGGGCAACUUGAGGGGGAGAGCUUGGGCUGAAGAAGAGUUUCAAAAUGGCAGACCUCACUGUUGAAAAUGGUAACUAUGUGGACUGGCAAAAACGAUACCUUAUGUUGGAGACCCAGCUCUUCAAAUUCCGCCUGCAAGCUAGUAAGAUCCGGGAGCUUCUGGCUGAGAAGAUGCAAGAACUGGAACAAAGGGUAGUUGAGGCAGAACAAAGAGCCCAGAGUGCAGAGAAGCAGGUUGAAGUCAUGGAAGAGAAGCUAAAACUUGCCAACAUGAAGACAGGCCAAUCAAGUGAAUGCAAGAAGUAUCAGAAGCUGGUGAGCAGAGUGCAAGAAAAAGAUGAACUGAUCAAUAAAUUGGAGACCCACCUGGAAAAGCAGAAGCAGCUGAGAGAGGAUGAAGCUAGAAUUGUUCAGGAAAAAGCAGCUAAAAUUAAAGAUUGGGUAACGACUAAACUAAGAGAGCUGGAACUGGAGAACCAUUACCUCAGGGAUUUUAACCUGAGGCUAACAACGCAGGUCACAACCCUUCAAGAGGCACUGAAGGGUCUGAUAACUAUUCCUCCUCAAGAAUCAGUUUCCAGCUGUAACAUGAAGCUGCUUAGAGACCCAUUGUCAUGCCUGCUGGGGAACCCAGACCAGGAUUCAAGGCUUCUGGCAGUGGGCAUCAAACAGGCAUAUGAGGGUGUAUCUCUGAAAGGAUUUCCUUAUAUAACAAGUAUGGUCUUUAUGGAUGACACCUGUGUAGCAAGUGAGGUCAACAAUUCAGUGCCUUCUCGCAACUCACUGAGGCUUAUCUCUGACUCUUCAAACUACAACAGCUCUUCAAUGAAUGACUUGCUUUCCAAGGCAACCCCCCAGUUUCGCCCAACAUUAUCAAAAUACCAAGAGGAAACAGUGAAAUUUCAUGGAUGCUUAGAUUUUCAGUGUCCUCUGGAAGACCUUAAGAGCACCACAAGUGCCUCAAACAAGACAGCAGCUGAUCUGUACAAGCAAUCAAAUGAACUAAAUGUUGAGUUCAGCACUUCUCGGUUGAACUCCUCUUCCUCUGGUGAAGUGAAGAAUACCUGUAAGAGUUCUAUCAUGGCAUCAAUUUCUGCUCCGAAUUUGCAAAAAUCCAUCACCUCAGUACCCUCUAAUUUCCCAGGGAAAGAAAGCAGAUUUGGUAAUAGCAUGACUCUCCCUAAAGGUCAGACUCCUAGCAAUCCAAGGGACAGUAUACUGCUAGCCAAGAGGCAUUGCAGUCAACCCCAGUCAGGAACUGAUUGUUUCCAUCAUGUGGUGAACAUUGAGAUCAGUACUUUUCAUCCUGUAAGAGCUGCUACCCACUGCCAGGAGCAAGUGGAGGAGACAGAUAUUGAUGAAGAGGUAGCAGAGAAGAUGGAGAUGGAAGACUGUCUAGUGGAGACUCAUCAGCAGUCUUGUUCAAGGAAGGAGACAGGAACUUACAAAGCCAGAAUAAUGGACCCAGGAGGCAAGCCACCUACUCCUCCACUGCACAGAUUUCCAUCUUGGGAGAGGCGAAUCUAUGCAGUUGCCAAGUCUGGCAUGAGGCUUUCAGAAGAUGCCCUUGGGAAUGACUCUUGUAGCCAGACUUCGAAUUUCUCAGCCCAUUCACGCCCUGGGCCAUCUACCUACCACAUUUACAGAAAUGUCACUGCGCCUGUCUACACCAUGCUAAAGGGGAAAGCCACGCAAAUCAGCAAUGUUCCUUUCUUGGAUGAGUCUUCAGGCUCUGAUGAUGACUGCAGCUCCCAUGUUAGCUUCAGCACUUCCAAUACAGCAUCUGAACCUAGAAAAACAAGCAUGCCGGGCAGCCCUCGUGCAGUGAAACGAGGUGUGUCUAUGUCUUCAUUAAGUUCAGAGAGCGAUUAUGCCAUCCCUCCCGAUGCCUAUUCUUUGGAUGAAGAUUAUUCUGAACCAGAGCACAAAUUGCAGAGGACAUCAUCCUAUUCUGCUGAUGGUGGGGUAUGCAAUGAACUACUAGAAAAAUCUGGCUACUUGCUGAAAAUGGGUAACCAGAUAAAGGCAUGGAAGAGGCGUUGGUUUGUUUUGAGAAAUGGUCAAAUCAUGUAUUAUAAGUCCCCGAGUGAUGUCAUUUGUAAGCCUGAGGGCCAGGUUGAACUGAAUUCUUCUUGCCAAAUCAUUCGGGGUGAAGGAUCCCAAACCUUCCAGCUCAUCACUGAAAAACGAACCUACUUCCUAACAGCCGACUCUCCUAACAUCCUAGAGGACUGGAUCCGUGUCCUUCAAAAGAUCCUGAAGGUGCAGGUGACCAAUCCCACCAAAAUCCCUCUCAGUGACACUAAACCUACUGUGAAAGGCUGGCUCACCAAGGUAAAACAUGGACGCUCAAAACUAGUCUGGUGUGCUCUGGUUGGAAAAACCUUCUACUAUUAUCGAAAUCAAGAAGACAAGUGUCCUUUAGGCUAUUUGCAUAUGCAGGAGUCCAAGGUGGAAGAAGUGGAUCGCUCCUGUGAUUCUGAUGAAGAUUAUGAAACUAACAGUGGAGGCAUCCUUUCUUCGCAUUGCACCCUGGUUAUUCACCCGCCAGAGCAGAGUCCCACUUACCUCCUCAUUGGUACUAAACAGGAAAAGAAUACUUGGCUGUACCACUUGACAGUAGCAGCAGGCAGCAGCAGCAGCACAAAAGUGGGCACUACCUAUGAGCAGCUGAUUGGGAAGCUGCUGGAUGCAGAAGGAGAUCCAAAUUCUCCUUUGUGGAAACACCCUCAGCUGUGCUACAGCAAGGAUGGGCUACAGUCUUCCCUGACCACACUGCCUUCAGAAGCACUGCAGACAGAGGCCCUCAAACUUUUCAAGUCAUGCCAGCUGUUCAUCAAUGUACCUGUGGAAGCUUCAUCUAUUGACUAUCAUGUUACACUAGCACAGACAGCAUUGCAGGUCUGCUUGACCCACAGUGAGCUACAGAAUGAAAUCUACUGUCAGUUAACCAAGCAGACAAGUCGAGAGGCUCAGAAUCACUCAGUCAUUCAGUGCUGGCAGCUACUGGCUCUUUGUACUCCUCUAUUCCUGCCUCAGUAUCAUUUCCUCUGGUAUCUAAAGUGUCAUCUCCAGCACCAUGUGGACCCAAAAAGUGAAAUUGGCAAGUAUGCCAUCUACUGCCAGAGAUCCAUGGAGCGCACUUUGAAAGCUGGAGAACGAGAAGCCAGACCUUCGCGAAUGGAGAUAGUGUCUAUUUUGCUGAGAAAUCCCUAUCAUCACUCACUCCCCUUCAGCAUUCCAGUACACUUCAUGAAUGGAACCUACCAGGUGGUUGGCUUUGAUGGUUCCUCAACUGUGAAUGAGUUCCUGCAACACCUUAACCAGGAGACAGGAAUGAGGAGGUCAUCGCUCUCUGGGUUUUCCCUCUUUACAGAUGAUCCUUGUGGUGGAGAUCUAGAGCACUGCCUACAAGGUUCCAUGAAGAUCUGUGAUGUCAUUUCAAAAUGGGAGCAAGCUUUGAAAGAACUGAAUCCUCGAAAAUAUGAUGGUGGCACAAGAAUAGUAAAACUAACCUAUAAAAACAGAUUAUACUUUCAAAGCCAAGCAAAAGGUGAGACAGACCGAGAACGCUUGCUGCUGGCUUUCCAGAUUAGUGGUGAAAUAGUCAAUGGGAGGUUCCCUGUCAAUAAGGAGCUGGCUCUGGAAAUGGCAGCUUUGAUGGCUCAGAUGGAGCAUGGGGACUUGGAUCGUCCAGUACCAUCAAGCCCUGGAGGGUCAUCCCAUUUCAAAGUGCAACACCUUCUCCAGCAGGUUCUGGACAAAUUCUACCCCAAACGUUACAAACACAAUACUUCUCCUGAGCAGCUAAGGCAGUUGGCUGACCGAUUAGCUACAAAGUGGAUGGUGUUACAGGGAUGCUCUCUGCAAGAAUGUAUUCGGAUUUAUUUGGCUGUGGCUCGGAAAUGGCCUCUCUUUGGAGCCAAACUAUUUGCUGCUAAGGCUGUCCGACCACCUCCGUCAAAUGAUGCUCCACUGUGGAUAGGUGUGAAUGAAGACGGAAUCAGUAUACUGGAAUAUAAUACUUUGCACGUAAAGCUGGCUUAUCCAUAUUCUUCUAUACUGACUUUUGGAGGCUAUCAUGAUGACUUUAUGAUUGUAGUCAGUCAAGCAAAGGAGAGGUACUCUGGCAAAACCAAGCCAGAAAAACUCCUUUUUGCAAUGGAAAGUAUAAAGCAGAUUGUGGAAGCAACUCUCCUUAUUGCCAGCUAUAUUAACUAUGCUUCUUCAACACGACAUUUCUCUCCUAUGCCAUCUGCUCAAAUCUGCAGUUCAACAUGGAAUAAAUCAUCUACUAAGAAGCUCAUGGAACUUGAAAACAGGCCUUACUUUGCUUCCCUGCCCCGGACCACUAAGGGACCUACACUGUUGUAAGACUGUUCCAAAAGCUCUUAAAGAGUUCCUUUUGCCACACAGUGAUUUCGAUUACUCUGUGACCUGCUCAUCAAGCCUGGAACCAUCUCUGCCUCCUUGGUGAGGCACAACAUUUCUUAGAUGCUUGAUUAAAGUAGAUAGCCUUCUUUUAUCAAGCCUUGAAGAAGGGGCUGUUAUCUAUUUUGAACAGGAUGGCUGGCUUUCACAUUCCCCUGACCCAUGCAAGUUAAGAUUUGCAUCCAGCUAUUGCAAUCAUUCUCAAUGUUCCACCUUUUAAAAUAGCUGCACUGAUUCACCCUGUCCCCCAGCAAUUACAUGGUUGUUGUUUUAUGAUCUAUUUGAAGUUUAAAGUAGUUCUCUGUUCUUUUUGCCUUAUCCGCUAGCUACUACAUCUUGCUACUGGUGGCUUGUAGUCAAACCAAGAAACUACCUCAUCCUGCCAUUUUUUUAGUGAUGUGCCCCCUCUUCUUAGUCCCUACUGAAAGAAUCUUCAUACUAAAAUAACUUGAAAUUGUUCAUCUCCUUGCUAAGUUUACAUUCCCCAUCACAGAUUCUCAGCUAUUUGCUUUUUCCCGAAUAUAUGCUCAUCUGUACUUAACCUAUAAACUUCCCAAGAUAGAAAAUUGGACUUUGGGCAUCCAUUUGAGAUUGCCUUUCUCAUAUGCUCCUAUUUAUUUAAGAUUCCAGUUUUAGUAAACAUAUUUCUUUUAUCCCCUGACAUACGUUUAGUACAUGUAUUCAGUGUUUAUUCCUCAUAGCACUAAUUUAUUGUGAGAAUAUGGUACAACAAUAUACUAAUCACAAUGAUUACUGACAGUCACAAUGAUAAUUCAGUCAUACACACUGAAUUAGUGACAUUACACAAUUUACUAGACAAAUACCAAUGACACAUGGUUGCUUUUAAAGAGAGUCUUGGCAGAACAAAUAGAGUAGGUAGCAUUCCUUCCCUAGCCUGAAGCUUCCUUCCCUAGCCUGAAGAACUGUUUUGUCUGAUGUUAGCAUAAUAGCUAAUACUCUGAGAAAGGAAACUGAGGGCAUAGACUAGCUAGAAAUGCUGUUGUUUUUGAAGACAAAACCUAGAAGAAGAAAUAGCUUGCCCUGUGGCUUUGUCCAUAAUGUCAAUGACAGGCAAACUUUGUAUGUUUUGAAGAUGUAGGAACUGGUUGAAAAGACUGAAGAGAAGAUUAUCACAGCAGUGCCUAGAUUGCAGACAAAUGCUAUCUUAUCCUCAAAUGUUAUUUUAAGACACAAUAAGGAUUUUGUCCAUAGGUUUUUGCAUACCUCUUUGUGAGACAAGGAAAUACGCCACUCCUGAAGUUUGCACUUCUUUUUUAAUGCCUCAGUCAGACCAAUUACAAAUGCUGUAUAAAUAUGAAGCUAUACUAGUGGUACUCUCAUCCUCUUUUAUAAUUGGCUAGGCUCCUUGUUAAAGAGAGCUGCAGUCCAACAUUCAGAUGACCACAGUGCUGGCCUGUGUCAUACUGCUGGAUGGUUUUAGAGUUUUCAUUGAAUGUAAGAUAUUGUGUUGUGGCAAAACCUCUAGCUCCUUGCCAAAAUCUGGAAUGGUCUGAAGAACACAGAGGUUGACCAUCUCUCCUUUAAUGGAUGAGCUAGAAAUUGAAAAAAGGUUCACACUGAUAUCUGCAGUAGAAAAAAUAUCAAGAAUGUGAACUAGUAGCUGAACCACAUGCAUGCAGGGAAACCCCUUAAUGAAAUAUAAAAUGGCUGCAUUUCUACACCCAAAAUACCAGUGGGAAUCUGAGUCCUCAUAUGGUGUUGUUGUGUUAAUAAGCCAGCAACAUUUCCAAGUGCACAACCCAACAGCUACCAAUGACAAAAGAUGCUCCAUGUGAUGAUGUCACGCUGUAAUAAUACUGUACUACAGGAAUGAAACUGAUAUGGGGAUGACUUUUUUCAUCUAUGGUCUCAUCUCUCCCAUAAUUACUUUAAUUUACUGUUAAUAAAAUCCUUGUCAAAUGGAAAUAUAAAUCUGUUUAGCACUAGAAAGAAUUUCGGUAGAAUGCUGUGUUCUUUCUGAACACAAAGAAUUCAGACCAUGAUGGAAAUGAGAGACACAUUGACAACCACAGCUCUUACAGACAAAUCUUGUAAAGAAAACAUGAAGGAAUCCAGUGGGUUUAUCCUGAAGAAAUGAAACCUAAGGCUGCAAUACAAUGAAAACCAUAACCAAAAGCUUUAAGUCAUAUUAAAUUUGGGGACUUACUUCUUAGUGACCAUGUACUAAGGAUCAAAUACAUGAAGGACAUGGUAGUAGUUUUAAGAAUUAUCUAAAGGAUGUUCAUGAAAGCAGUUAUACAUUCUGUUCAUUAAGGUGAAGAAAUGCAGAGAUAGAGACUAGGAAUAGCAGCUCUCAAAUGCAGGUAUAUGAGGAGUAUACGUAAGGCAGGAAUGAGCAACUUGCAGACCAUAUUUAGCCCUUGAUCAUGAUCAAUACAAUUUACAGGAACCUAGGGAGCCCCACUCAGUUUCUCCCACAUACCAGACAAAUCCCAUCCUGUAGUGGGGGAAAGACUACUGCCAUAAUGCUGUUAUCAAGAGCACCAAGACAAUGAAUCCAAGCAGAUCAGCUACUCCCUUGCUCAGAGACCCAAACCAGCCAUGAUCGCUGCUUCUAUGCCGUUAAUGCUGGUGAGGAAACAGCAAUCCUGGUUUGAGUUGCUGGAUGGUGAAGGAGGCAUUAGCGACCACAUCCUACACCAGCCUUAUCUCCACCUGCAUUAUCUCCUUAUAUGCAUAUACAUGUGUAGCAUAGGCAUCCUUCAGUCUC